GUGCGUGCUGGCCCAGAGCAGUGGCGGUGUUUGUUGGUGUCAUCGGCAUGAGAUAUGCGACGUCGCUCGUUGCGCGUGGACCUCUACGACUCUUGCUCUCACGUUCUGUCCAGCACGCUCGGAUGCCCCAAGAGGUACUAGUUUGUGUAACACUGCGGACGGAAGAUUGCUUGCGAAAGCACUGCAGCCGCCAUCACAAUGCUUUUGCCGAAGUUUUGGGCAAUUCACAGCAGAGAAUGGACCAGUUCUGACGAUUCAUGUCUUCCCAGCGGCAGCGGGGCGUCAGAGCAGCAGGCUGUGUGACUGCUUGAACGGAUCAAGCUCAUCCAUGUCCUCCACGCACCACUCUAUCCAGUCGGCCAUCCAGGCAGUGCAUGCGCAACGGGUCUAUCCCAGGGCGAGACCAGCAUCCAUUGUUCUUCACCCAGAGAAAUCUAGUAAAUGCCAUAUUCCCAUCAGGCAUUGCGCCCACUGUCCGGGCAUCAUUCUGGGGACCGAGUCAAGCAACCUGAGUAUUUCCACUGCCGUCAACAGCACCAUAGCCGCCUGUACCUAUACAGUCGUAAGCCUCUAUUCUGACAACUUGACACCUCAUUCUAAGGCACUGAUUCAGCUGGACUCGGCCCACCGGAUCACUCUGCGCCGCCUCAGGUUCAAUGUGAACAUGAGCACAAUGGCUCUGAGCAUCGUGAAUAGCACACUCGUGAAGCUGGAGCGGUGUAGACUCAAGCUGGAAGGGCCAUGGGCAGGGGUGCAUGCACUUGAAAUCGUGUCCAGCCAAUUUGUCUUCUUGAGCAGAUUGACCGUACAGCCAGAACGCCGCAAUCCCGUGUGGCCAGGAAAUGAAUGGCACCGAGUCAAUGAGAUGCUAACACCGAUUGUUGUGAUUGAGAAGCCACUGGGCAAUUUCACACGUGUCCAUGUACAUGAAAUGACCGCCCAAGACGAAUCCUGGAUUGUCGGUAAUGAAGAGACGAACUCAACGCUGCUUCUCAAUGCGACCAUGUCUCGCUUCAAGUCCUUCCGAGAUAAUCGCACACUGGGGCCACCGGCUGAUGGGUGUCUUCCAUUGAGGCUCGGUGUUGCGUUCAUCCAGUGUUCCAUCAAUGGGCUGGGGAUCGUACCUCCAACUCUGGCACAGGUCACUAUUAAGAUGCGCUAUCACAAAGGCAGUGGCGUGCAGUUUUCAAUCUCACCUGCCAUUGGCCCAUAUGUGGCCUUUAUCAAGAACAGCAACAUUAAGCAUACUAGAAGCCCCGAGGGCUCUGCCGUCAAUAUUCACUUCAACAGUGGCCAGCCAGGAAACAGCACCAGUUCUCCCUCAAGUCCAUCGAUGCAGCUUUCCUGCAACACCCGCCAUCACAUUGUCAUCAGUGGAUGCAACUUCCUUCAGAAUCGGGGGAUGGCAGGCGGCGCACUAUCAGUCAAGUUUGACGAUGCAGUAGCUGGUAACAGCGUGCUUGUAAAAGAUUGCCUAUUCCACAAUAACUCGGCAAGCCAGGUUGGCGGAGCUGUCCUCAUCCACUUCAGCCAGUAUAGUCAGAGGAGGAAUGCCGUCAUGAUUGACAAGUGCCGUUUUCUAGAGAACUGGGUCAGCUCAAGGCUAAGUAACCAACGAUCACCUGGCGGUGCCGUGAUGGCAAUAUCUGGUCAGUAUGGGUCAUUCACCUCGGCCCCAGACCUUGGCAAGGAUGUCUGGCUUGGUGCUAACCACCUCUAUCCCCUUGCCAUAGUCAACUCGUCUUUCCUGAAGAACUCCGGAUUCGGCGCAGUUUGCUCACGUGCAGUUCACACUGGUUUCCUGGGUACAACGCUGGUGCAUGGAACAUGCGGUACAGGCCUGGUUGCACUUGCUGCUAAGCUGGAGCUUGAAGGGAAUGUUUCUAUAACAGACAAUGUUGGGCUGAAUGGUGGUGGACUGCACAUAGCUGCGGGCGGAAAAAUGGACUUUAGAAAGGUGGUGCACUUCACCCUCAAGAGGAACAACGCGUUGACACAUGGCGGUGCCAUGUAUUUUGAUGCCGCUUCAUCGUUGACUCCCCACGAUAAGUUCCUCUUUUUCAUCGGGAAUGACCACAACAGAUCCUCCUGUCCUAUCCAGUUUCCGUCUUACAUCUCCCCGCAUGCGUCUUCAGCAUGGGAUAUUCUGAAUCAAAAUGGCGCUUCUCGCGAUGCUCAAUUUGACUUCUGGCAAUGCCCGGGGCCCAAACAGUCCAUUCCUGCUGGGAUUUCCAUUUUGCCGUAUGAGCAAAAGGAAUCAAUCUACUCUUCAAGCUGGAACCAUUGUUUUGGUACUCUUGCGGUCACUAAACACAGCGCCCGUGGGCGUAGUUUGGACUAUACAGAGAGACUCUACUGUCCACCGUAUCCACCGGCAGACUGGUCUUUCGCUAACCCGCCUAGCCCGCCUGGCUUGCAGGGACAUGGAUCCUUGCACGAGCAAUGCAAGGAUAGAAAGGAGGCCUACUCCAGCCUUGGCCCUGCAAGUAACUGGUCCUUUGUUGAUCAGAACCAAGUCUGCUACAGCCGUUGCCAGCGCAUAACAGUUGUCAACGGGUUGAAUCUCUUGACCAGGAAUGUGAAAAUGGCCCCUGCAUGGAUGUUCUUCAAGUCGUCGUCAACAAGGUGUUACAAGACUCUCGCUGACCGCAUCUGGCACUUCAGUAAGGCAUGCAAGCGAGAAUCUAUUGUCGCAAAAGCCUUCAGAAACCGGAUUGGUCGUUUUCAGCGCUACGACUGUAGCAUUCUAAGUUUGGCACUCAUAAGAGACCGCUAUCGCCAUGCUGUCGCCCCCACCCUUCCUGGAUACAAUCUCACGCUAACACCUUGGUCGUCCACGCUUUAUGAGUGGGAUGACUUUUCAUUGGAGGACUUGAAGCGGAACAAGUAUUAUGGUCAUGAAGACUUUGCAUCCGCCUGUUCUCCGUCAAAGAACAUCACCAUUGACAAAGGAACUGAGCUGGGCGAUCUGACCUUGCACCCAGCUCCGGGCGAGCAGUUCACGCUGAACAUCGACGUCACCGAUGAGUUCAUGCGCACGCUCAGUGGGCCUAUGGGAGUCCUGGUACAAGAAGACCAUGCACUGCUGAGUAAAGACAGGCACGUCUCCCUGCCUACGACUAUGGUCUACUACGCGUCAACCGCAGAGCUCAAAGGCCUUUCCAUCUCAGGUGUCCCGGGAAGCACUGGGCACUUGCAAAUAGAGUACCUGGGCAAGACGACCUCGGAAAGUCUGAAUGACAGGGAAUUCAAAAUACUGCUGCCAUUCAAGCUCCGUGACUGCCCGCCCACAUUUCUUCCACAACAGAUCCCUGAAGAGUAUGUUGCCAAACAAGCGAUCCGGAAUGCCAGCAGUGACCUAAGUUCUCUGGAACAAGUUCGCGACCAGCUGUCCUGCCGCUGUCCCAACACACUUGAAACAUUCAAAGACGCCAUUCGAAAGUGCGAAAAAGGUCGAAGCAUGAAUGUGUUGCGGGGAUACUGGGCCGGAAUGUUCGAUUUACAAUCACCCAAACUGCAGCAGCGUGAUUGCACAAGAAACUAUGAAAGUGAAAGGUUCCUCAACGGGACCGGCGAUCCAUGCCAAGUUCUAAAGAGUCAUCAGGUGUUUGUGAUGGGUCCUUGUUGGAAUGGGUUCUGCUACAAGGCUGGUGAUGCGAGUCAUUGGAGUUUGAACAAGCCUGAGCCGUGUCGCAGGAACACUCAUCGCACUGGGGUUCUCUGUACGCAGUGCAAGCAGGAUUACCAGGUCAUGAUCGGAACUGAGAUUUGUCGCAAUUGCAAGGGAAAGACAGUAAUCACACUUGCCAUGUACUUCCCACUACUGCUGCUCUUGACGGCCGUGGUAUUUAUUUUCCUGCUAGUCUUCAAUAUCGGACUGUCACCGACGCUCAACUCUUGGCUAUUCUUCAUCGAGGUGGUGUUCACGAUCUCAGCGGAAGCCCACACAAUGCGCACACUACUCUUCUCAAUCUUGUCGCUGGGCCUUGGCCAAUUGUGUACUUUGGAGCAGCUCACACCACUGUGGGCUAAGGUGGUUCUCCUUGCUCACCCGUUGUUUAUGUUCCUGUUUGCCGCUCUAACCUGGUGGGCCAUACGCACUGGCUACUGGGCCAAGCACUUGCAGAGGCUGCAGAAGCGCAACUCACUGGCGCAUGUCGUCUGGUUCUGCAUCAUCUACUGCAGUAGUUCGCUGGCCUAUAUCUGUGGCUCGCUGCUGAACAACGUGGAGCUGAUCGGGAUCCAAAAUCAAUCCUACACAGUCAUGUUCCACGAUGGCACCAUCCAGCUAUUCAGCAAAGAGCACGGCCCGUUUGCAGCCUUUGCCAUCGUGAUCCUGCUGGUGUUUGUCAUGCCACCACCAAUCAUCAUGGCGGUGCCAUGGUUACGUAGUCUACCCCAGUUCAAGUGGUACGCCGACGAGGCAAUGAAGAUGUACGAGGACGGUCCUCACUGGUGGGCGUCCGUGGACCUUGUCCGGCGCCUGCUGCUGGCCUGUCUUGUCGGUGCAAUCAACUCACUGCGUUUCCGCCAGUACCUGGUGGCGCUUGUGUGUGUCAUAUGCCUGGUAUUGCACGUGGCGUUCAGGCCCCUGAAGCGCAACAAGAAGAUAUGGAGAUUAGCCGAUGCCGAUAACUGGUUUGAGACGCUUCUCCUCUCGCUGGUCAGCUUCAUCAGUGUGGCUAAAGUGGGAAGCCGCUGCUCUGGGUGGCCAAAGUUCCUCAGCAGUGCGAACUUCAUGCCAACCGUCUAUGCAGUUAUCAUCUCCUCUGUUACCGUUCUGGCCGCAGCUGUAUCUGCCUAUCAUUUCAUCCAGCAUUGGAGACUGCAGUCCGGCAAGAAGCCGUUUUAUAGAAGGUACACAGUGGAUGAGGAUGACGAAGAGAAUGAGAGACAGGCUGAAAUUGCUCGCCGACCUCUAUCCAAUAUCACGGCCACUAGUAUUUGCUCAACGAGAGACUUGAUCGGACCAAGGGGACACGACAAGCCAAUACCGAUGGACCAUCAGCCUAUUGCAGAUGGUCUGAGGCAUCCUCUUCUGUUGGAGCACUUGAUGAGGUCUGAUCGCAUGGAAUACGAGGAAUCACAGUGAUAAUAAUUACCCUGGUGAAUGUAGCACGAGUAGUUGCACACGCCCAACACCAAUCAGCCACGGUCAUUGUAUGUUCACCAGGGAGUUGUGGUAUGUAGGCAAUCUUAGCAGCUUGUGAGUCAUAGCAUCUUGUGGGAUCACACUGGCUAGUGGUGCCUGAAACGAUGUGGCUUUUACUCUGGGCUUCCUGUUACAAUGACCUGUCUGUGCCUGGGCACAUGAGUGCCUGCGUGCAUAUGGCAUAGCUGCUUUGGGUUGCGGUUGACUGAGUGUCAGCCAGUCAUGACAGUGUUCAUGAUUGCGAGUUCCAGGGCCGGUGGAUCACGUGGAAUUUCCGAAUCUGGCUGUUUGAACGCACAUCGCUACGCACACCAUGGUCCAUGGUCUCGUGUAUCUCUCUAACCUAUUACUGUGAUUCCCUGGUGCUCAUGACAUGAUGCACAUGACUUAGCAUUUAGCAGUUUACUACAUUCGUUUUUUGUAUUUGUCCUGAGCCAGAUUUGUGUUCUUUUAUAUGCUCAAUCUGGGGACACAAAGUUCUUUUAUAUAAAAGAAUCGGCACUACAGUCUUUUCUGAUUGUUAUCAUGAUAAGCUGCGCUUCUUGUUGUUUUCCCGAGUACAAAUUAUUCAUGAUGCCUGUAACCAUUAUCCGGUAUAAUAUGCAAUUUGCUCUAGCUGUUCGGCCACACUCCCUCUUGUCUAUGUAUGUCAUUAUGCAACGGCUGCGCUGCAUGUCCGUGCGUGCGCGUGCGCGUGUGUAUGUGUGCAUGUGUGUGUGCAUGUGUGUAUGGCAUUGUGUGUAUGUGUGCACAUGUGUAUGUGUGCAUGUGCAUAUUCAUAUUUGUACACAGGACUGUGUGCAUGUGGAUGAUACUAAAACUUAGCCGUGC